GUCACUACUAGACGUCACACUAGCUAUAGCCAUAGCUCAGAGCAGACGGGGCGCGGUUGCUGCUGACGAACUUGCCACCAUCUGCACUCAGAACUGCGGUUUGCACACGAAAACCUUCUGAGCUCCGAGUUGUUCUCUGGUCCUUGGGGUUAUUGUUACCGAAGGCAGCCCACUGCUCAAAAGUCCUCACACACAAAGGAUUUCCAAGUUAUCAAGUUUCAAAAGCACAACGACGGUACGGAACAGGACAAUUUUCAAGAGUACGGUAGUCAUGGUGGAGGAAGCGGAAGCGAUGACCGAGCGGGCCGGCAAGAUGCUCGCCUACGUCCUACAGCACGCGGUGGAGGGAGACGCGGCCAGCGUGAUACGCACUGCAGACGAGUACGGCUACAAGUAUGAACGGAUGAUGCACGUCGGAGACAUGAAAGGUGAAAUAGUCCGCGAAGUUGUCAACGAGCUGGCGCCCAAAGUCAUCCUGGAGCUGGGCACGUAUUUCGGCUACUCGGCCGUGCUGAUCGCCAGCGUCAUGCCCGAAGGGAGUCGGUUGUUGACGGUUGAAUUUAAUGAGAAGAACGCCGAUGUCGCCCGGCAGUUCAUUCAGUUUGCCGGGGUGGACGAUAAGGUCACCCUCAUCGUCGGUGAUUCCGCGAGAGUCAUCAAACGCCUGCACGAAGACUACUCCGUGAAGACUUUGGAUUUCGUGUUCCUGGACCACUGGAAAGACGUCUACAAGCGUGACCUCCAACUUCUGGAGGAAACACGCCUCCUGCACAAAGGCACGGUGAUCUUGGCCGAUAAUGUCAUCAGGCCGGGCGCACCGGAGUACCUGAAGUACGUGGAGACAUCGGAAUGGUACCAAACGGAACGAAAGUACUCCAAGUUCCAAUAUACGGACGAGGAUGAUGCACUGGCCAAAUCGGUCUAUUUCGGCCCGUAAAUUAAUCACCCCUUCCCUUGGAUUUCUGAUUUUGGUGUUGAGUGUUUUGUGUAUGCCGUUGUUAUUAAAUGGGUUCUGAAACUAUAACUAUAAAUUUUGCGAUUUACGUUUAUUUGAGAUCAUGACGUCCAUCAUCGGGUUAAAAUAUUGUUAACAUAUUCAUAUAUGCAAAAUAUUUAAUCUAUUUGAUAUGUGGAAGAGGAACGCCGGUGUUAUUGUUAUAUAUGACAUCAACAAAUCCCACCACCGUCUUAUAAUGUUCACUUAAAAUAUUUAUUAUAGGUUACGUCCGUUAUGUUAUGGGCUAGCACAUUUUAA